CGUUAACGAGGAACUGCUGCUGCCCGAGUACUUGGUUGGAAGGGACAGCGAAAGUGUCCGAAGGAUGCUUGUGUUCCAGGUGAGAUUUGUCGGAAUAUAAGCGUAAUAAAUCCAAAGAGGAGGUGGACAGACGUUUCGGGUCUACUGGUACUUAAACAGAUGAAGAGAAUGACGCUGAUAAAAGUAUGCUAACAGGUUAGUAACUGCUCGAUCUGAAACCUCUAGACACGUAGCUAUGAGCUAGCCUGAGCUAAUGAACCAACGUUAACCUGAACCUCACCUAUUUACUGUGUUUGGGCUUGGGUGGGAUUCAGUCAGAUUUCUGUAUCUUAGAGGCCUAUAAAACGUCGAGCCCGAGUAGAAAAGCAGUUUAUAGAAUUUAUUACGCAGAUUAAAACAACACUGCUAGCAUGUUAACCUCGCAUCUACAGAUUGACCCACCUGAACGCAGUGAGCUGAAAAUACCGACCCACUUAUUCAGAUGAAAAUCUGAUCAAUGCCCCUCUAUAUCACUGCAUCAGUCUAUCUGGCAGAUAAUAAUGUCUGCUCAUAGUAUGUUAGGCUGUCAUCAUGUAACAUUUUAUUCAAGAUAUACCAUCUUUAAACAGUGAAUAAGUGGUACAUGUUAUAAUAAGCACAGACCGCUCUGUCAAACAGCUGUAAGUGAUGAGGAGUGAAUGUAAACACCAGUUAUACUGAUGGGAUUGUCAUUUAAAGCAAACACUCUCAUACCUGCGAUGUCAACAGUAGCAUUUCCUUUUAUCAAAUUCAUGUUUUAUCAGUAAGUACGAUAGUACAUACAGUCGUUUCUGGUUAAAACGCAGUUUGUGUUUGCAAAAUUGUGUCAUGGAUAACUGGAACGGGUUUUUGAUUCCACUGUAAGAAUAUGAAUGUUAAAUACAGGGUUGCAAACAUUAAUUGAGAGUUUUACCGAUGAAGAAUUUCAUUGCAGAAAUACUGAAAUGUUCACUGUGGAUGUACACUCACCAUCCAUGAUAAAACCAACCUGUAAAGUUCCUAUAUUUUACAUUUCUGUUUAUGGUUAUUAUGGACGGAUGAUCAUUGCUCUGUCAAUUGAUUUUUGAAGUUUGAGAUUGAAUAAUUAAUCAGAUUAUCCUUUCUCCCCUUUCUUUAUAAUUACGGAUGACUGGGCAGAAAUUCAAGUCUCGUGUAGCAAUUUUUGAUUAGCCAAAUAUAUUUUCACCUGAGUUUUUUUUUAAACUAACUUAUUUGGUAGUAUAAUCAUUAAAUCUUUGUAUUUCGAAAAAUGUGAAAAUAAAACUAUAACAACAGUAUGAUACCAGCAUGUUAUAUAUCAGGUUUCGGUAACCUGCUCUCACAUGAUUAGUACUUGCAAACUGGUAUCCAUCGACCACUAGUUAGUGUUGUAGUGGGUAAACUGGAGUGUAUGUUAUUAACAGGUGCUCCAAAAAUGGUGCUUCUCUUAUGUUUGUAAUAAACUAGACAAUAUAUUAGGAACACCUUCCAGUGUAAUACAGUAACAUGACAUUUUUGAUAAAAACAUGAAAAAUGAUAAUUGCUCAUCAUGUCAACAUUAAGUGACAAUGAAGACAUUUCCUGGAGGUACAUAGUAUGGCAGAGCUGUUGUGUUGGAUUUUCUUGAUUGUGUUAAUUGUGUUAUGGCUGGUCAGUGUAUGUGAAUGAUAAAUUUUAGAAUGAAUUUCUAAAAUUGAAACCAUAUUACAAAUGAGUGGAAAAAUGACCAAUUUUGUGGUAUUGAGAAUGAUAUUGUGGCUGUCUUAAAUUCUUAUUUUGACCAGGAAGACUUCAAUUACGGAUACCUCUGACAGAUAUUCAAGAUCGCAGUGAAAUAUAUAAUAUACGAACCAGCUGUUCCCAAAGGACACUUGCAAAGGGUUUUUCAGUUUUUCACUGGCUCAUACUGACAACAGAUGAUGAGAGAGCAGGUCAGCUGAUGGUGGAUUAUGCAGCAUAGAGCUUUACUGCGUAUUUGUUGUUGGUUUUUUGCAAUUGACAAAAUAUGUCUGUUUUGUUAUCCCUUGCAGGUGAGUAGGAGGAUUGCCCAUGACAUUCAAUAAAUGUGGACAGAAAAUAAUUGGCUCAGGAAAAUAUUGCUUUUUGGAUUUCUGUUCAUCAAUCUUAAAUUAUUAGAAAGAAAAAAGGAAUUCAUUUGUACAUCUGUUAAUUAUGCACAUAAAUAGUUAUCUUAGCCAAUAACAUGCUUUAUAUGGACUUCUAAUGAAUUGCAACUGCUUUACUCUUUAUAUUGUGACAGAAAUAUAGUCAAUGCUUGCCAGAGAGUGUUAAAGGUUUACUUUCAACUCGGGCUGAGAAAAUCUUUAUUAGUAUUAUUAUUAUUUUAUAUAUAGAGAAAGAACGAUUGUGAUGUCAGCCUUGUGAGAGCUGAUGCUGCUUUGAUAUCAAUUAUUUAAAAAUGCCAUUAAUUCAAGUGAUUAAUUGGUCUAUCUCAAAUACAAAUACAAUACAUCUGCCAAUUAAAAUCUUUUCUACAAAUGAAUCGGCUAAGUAAUGAAAGAAUAAUGUAAAGAGCGUAAGUCUUGUGUUAAGGGCUGUUGUAAGGUUUUGCUAUAAAAAAGAAGAAUGAUUGCCUCAAUCAUUUUAUUGUUUGUGCUUUCGACAUUUUUACUGCCCAAUACUGUUAGUAAAAGUAAUUUAGUCAACAUAACAGUCAACUGCCCUUUAUCACGUCUGUCACCUAAAUACAGCAGUUUUGGUAUUCAGCACAACAUCGUGACCUCAUGUAGCAUAUUGCUGAAUCAAUGUUGGAGAGUUGUGUUGGCCCUGACUGACACUGACAUGUUUAUUGUAGAACUGGAAAGUUUAGUUUCAUUCAGCCUCCACUGACAGGUUUCAUCUGAAAACACAAACCUGCUGUGUCAUUCACUAAAUCUCACUGUAGCAUGUGAGAAGGACACAGAGCUAGGCAGAGUUUGUUUUGGCUGGUGCUGUGUUGUACAUCUGUGUGUUCAUGAUGUCAAAUGUGGGUCCUCUUACCGUUUAAUGUUGAAUCCAGGAUUUCUCUCAAGUGAGUGGCUAAGUUAGUCUUGUGGCAUGUUCACAUCACCAGUCUUACAUAAAUGUUAGUCUACAACCCCAAUUUCCCAAAAACCUGUUUAAAAUGUUGAUAAAACAGAACAUGUGGGAAUGCAAUUCAAACCCUUCAUUAAAUCAAAAAUAAUGCACAGACAGCAUGAUAAAACUGAAAAAAAAAAUCAUUUAUUUAUAAUGUUUAUGACAUUUGCAGUCAUUUAAAACUUGAUGCUAGCAACACACUGCAGAAAUGUCAGGGAAGGACCAUGUUUGCAUCUCUUCUUUUGACAACAGUUUGUAAAUGGAGAGGCCAGGUUCCUGGAGUUUUAAAAGUGAACUGUUGUCAUAUUUUUUAACUUAUUUGUAAGAUGUAACAUGUUAGUCUUGGCUUGAUAUUAGCUGCUCCUCAGUUCAGGUGUCUUUUGCUAUAGUUUUAUUUUGGUAAUGCUCCUCAAAUCAUUUAAGAUAAUACCCAAACAAAGAGUUUUUCCUAUUAAUCACACUCACUUUACUAGAUUGAGGCUGAUAGUUGUUAUUACUAGCAUUGAGGUCUCUGUUCAGGUGAGGUCUGAAUCUACAGUGUUGAACAACAGGGGGUAUGUGACCAGACUGUUACUGACCUCUAACAUGUGACCCUCUUGCCUCUCUCCUCUAGCAUGCGGUGACUGAGACUGAAGCCUGAAUGCACUGAGGGUCUGGGGGUGCAUCAGUGGGGGACUAGCUUAGAUGAAGUAUGAAGAGCCCGGUGCACAGAUGCAGGGAUGUCGAGCAUGGGCGUGGGCUCGGAGGGGCCGGGGGAGGGACCACCUGCCUGCAGACUGAGCAGCGCAUCCCCAUCUCCAAAGACGUCAUCACAUCCACCUCUGCCUCAGCCAUGUGGUUCAUCAGGGACGCCUGUGGCAUAGUGUGUGCCAUCAUCACCUGGCUGCUAGUGUUUUAUGCAGAGUUUGUGGUGCUGUUUGUGAUGCUGCUGCCCUCCAAGAAUCUGACAUACAGCAUUAUCAACGGGACCUUAUUUAACACUCUGGCUUUCCUCGCUCUUGCUUCACACCUUAGAGCUAUGUGCACUGAUCCUGUAAGUGAUCUUGAAAGUCAUUAAUACACAAACUAAAAAAGAUGUGACAAGCUAUGAUACUUGAACAGUCAAAACCAAGCUGACUAGAGUGUGAAAUCCUGAUCAGAGAAAACGGUGUAUGCUUGUUUAGUUUAGUCUGCUUGUGUUUCUUUUUAGGGGGCAGUGCCAAAAGGAAAUGCUACAAAGGAAUACAUCGAGAGCCUUCAGCUAAAACCAGGCCAGGUAGUCUACAAGUGUCCCAAAUGCAGCAGCAUCAAGCCUGACCGGGCUCACCACUGCAGGUAAACAGGAUAUAGGUAUUCAAACCCAUACCAAUGCUUCCAGCUGCACUGCAGAAGUCAAAUUGUGUUUUGUUUUUGUUUUUUUCUUAAAAUGGGUGCUGUGGUUUAUGAGUGGAUUAACCCCCCCCCCCCCCCUUCUCUGCUAAUGUUGUCUUUAUAAAGCACAUCUUUGGCUUCAGUAUUUGUGAUCGUGUUUCAAUCCCAACCUUACUCACAGUGUCUGCAAACGCUGCAUCAGGAAGAUGGACCACCACUGCCCCUGGGUCAAUAACUGUGUUGGGGAGAACAACCAAAAGUAUUUUGUGCUUUUCACAGUAAGUUCACUCUAACCACAAGUUAUUUUUGGAGUGGUCUUAAAAUAACUCAAAGGAAAAAUUUGCUUGGACAGAUUUUUAAACCUUUGAUAAGGAGAAGUUUGUGAAGCUGACUUUAGUGGAAGCUGAGCAGUCAUCAUUUUUAAGGUUGUAACAACACAUUUUAACCACAAUAUGACAUGUAUCAUGAUAUGUGGUUGACAUUAUGGUACAAGGAUGAUACCGGUUAAUUUAGGCAAUAUGACACAGUGACCAGAAGCUGAUGCACUCUCACUGUUUUAGUCAAAAUUUGAAGAAGUGUGAAAUAGUGCAGUUGGGGUGGGGCCUUUUUUUUUGUUUGUUUUUCCAUUGAUGUUGCAUGUGUAACAUGGUAAGGUGCCUAUCUUUUAUUCAAUAUGCACUUAAAAGUUGUCCAAUUACAUUUUAGACCAUCAUGAUGAGAGGUAAUGGUAACAUGCCUGUUAACAUUACCCUUGUGUCGAAUGGGAUGUCCAUCUGGCUCUCGUUUGGCUUGAGAAAAUGCUAUCUUUACAACUGUCUAGCCUUUUACACAGCGCUGCUCACCAUUGUUUUGAGAAGCCUGGCUGGUUUGUUUGUUUUUUCAUGGCUUUAAAGUUUAGAUCAUUUCAUAGAAGCCAGUAUUUUUAACCACACUGUAUUGUAGCAUAUUUUUCCGAGACACAUUUGGUGAUAGUUUUAGCUCUUACUGAGUCUGAGUAAAGACAGUGGUGAUGCCAGAGACUUUCCCCAAAGCAGAAGGCUCUGUUGUUGCUGUGGGAAUAGAGCUUGUAGUUUGGUGUUUAACACCAACACCAUGACACUUCAGUGGGCCAGUGCAAAGAUCACACUGAACUUCCACUACUAAAGCAUUCUAUAAAAGCCACAGUGACUCCAGCCAGCUUAUAAAUCUCUUGUUCGGCUGGCUCCUCUCCCCAUGACACUGCUGGUAAAUGCAAUAUUAUGGUGCAAGAUGGAGGAAUGACCUGGUCGUGUGUGUUCGAUUUCCAUGUCAUUGAAAAUGAAGAAAUAAUUGAAGAAAUAUUUAAUCAGUAUACAUCAAAGGGGAGUGUCACAUGGCUGUUAGCACAUUGAUACAGGUGGAUUGCAGGAAUAUAAAUGGAUGCAUCAGUGCCAUGAAUAAUUUUUACACCCUGUAUAGUUUCAAAAAACUUAAUUUGGGGCGUUUCUCAAAAGGUUUGGCUAUUAUAUGACAACUUGGAGGUUAAAAACUGAUGCUGAAACUGCAGGUUUGUUAACAGUUACUGAAAUGAGUUUGCUGAUUCUUCACUGGGUGUCCUGUCUUCUCUUUCGUUCUGUACUAGAUGUACAUUGCACUCAUCUCUCUCCACGCUCUGGUCAUGGUGGUCUUCCAUUUCCUCAACUGCUUUGAAGAUGAUUGGACAAGUGAGUGGUUUUUUUCUUUGGAAAAUGAAAACAGUUGCACCCAAUUUUCAUACCCCCUCACAUAAAAAAUUAAAACGUUUCAAAAGGAGGGAUUCUAUGAAUUGUAUAUGUUAGGGUGUCUUUUUGUAACAACCAAGCAACAAAUGAAAUGGUGCCUCCUUUUAUUCACAAACUUGCAUGGCUGCCCCCUAGAAGUCGACAGUUAAAGUCUGUAAUCAAGAGGAACUUUAGUCAAUUUUAAAUGUGUCAGUCAGAUCUCUGCACCCUUUCUUUUUAACUGGGUCAUCAAUUGUGCACAGUGGGAAACUGGAGAAACAUUAAAUCAGGCUUUCAACUUACAAAGCUGAGCAAUUUACUGUAUGAAUUUACUCAAUCUAAAGUUAAGAAAACGGUCAGAAAUCAGAGCCAAACAGAGCAGAUGAUACUGCUACACAUACUGUCACUGUGUCAAAUUGGUUUGCUGAGAUUGGCAACUGUUAGCAUAGCUAGACUAGCAUCACUAGCUUUCAGUCUAGCUUUUUUUUCUAGCACUAGCUUUUUUAUUUUCCACAUGUCUGCUGUUUACUCCGGCCGCCCUGGUUGAGUGGUUAUAUGCUUGUUCAACUGCACACAGCCACAUCAAACUUCAUCACUAUUAUCAAGAUCAUGUUACUAACCAUAGUAAAUAUCUUGUGCCUUUCCACAUCAAAGCGUCUGUCAAAUGUUGCUGUGUACAUCUAAGCAGAAGAGCAUUGUGGCUUUAUGGCAGUUGUUAUUUACCAGAACUGCUGGGUGGCUGCACUACGUCUCAAAUACAACAUGUGACCGGUAUUUCAGGUCUACAAUGAAAACAUAUAUGUACUGCUCAUCUCUACCACUAAACACUAUCGUUCUUACUUGCCUCCGUCUUUUUUGGGAUUCUAGGUGUCUCUGAUUGAAAAAUUAACAGCGUAGUAAAAGAUGACGGGACAUGACUUCAAGUUUUACAAAAGUUAUCAGCUUGAUUUGAUUUGUUGUCUGGGAAUUGGUAACUGCCUGAACUUUGCCCAGAUGGUAAAACAUGGGAGUCAGGUUUAGAGCAGUGUCAUUGUAAAAACCUCCUGAUUUGGACUUAAAGGGGGUUUCCAUACCCUUCAAGGCUUUUUCCCCCAACCUGCUAAGCAAUCAUCGUGAUCAAAUGACCAAAUCACUGUGAUCCUGAGCUUUCACUGUCCCCCUUUCUACCAAAGCAUCCUCAGUAGAUGACAUGUAGACAUACCAUUCCACUAUCUCCUGUAGUGCUCCUGAUUCCCAGUAAGGAUGUGGUUGUUUCUCUUCUCUCUAUGAGUAGCAGUUCUUCAUAUACCCCUCACGUCUCUACCUCCAUGUCCCUCCAUCCCCCAGAGUGCAGUACCUUUUCUCCUCCAGCCACAGUCAUCCUCCUCAUACUCCUGUGCUUUGAGGGUCUCCUCUUCCUCAUCUUUACCUCUGUGAUGUUCGGAACCCAGGUCCACUCCAUCUGUACCGACGAGACCGUAAGUGAUCCAUGUAGAGACUUACAGCCUCUCCUCCUUCUCUUAUAUCUGCCUACUGGCCCUGCAUUUUUCCCUGCUGCUGCCAGCCUUUGCUUUUUAACACGAGCACCCUGACCCUCUACUUCUGUUUCAAACUGUUGACAGCUGAGUGAUAUCUUUCACAGCAUGACAUCUAAUGAAUUCUGUUUUGGACAUGGAAAACACUGGAUUCAAAGUUAUUUCAUAACAGAAACGUUUUUUAGUACUUUUUCAUGUAGAACAUCAAAAAAAUACCUGAUUGUGAUAAAAGUCAACACUGUAGGCAGUUCAUCAUACCUCUAUGUGCCUCACUCUGCUCUUGAGAAAAUGGCUUUUUGCUAGGAGCUUGUGUGUUAGGACACCAAGUGACAAAUUUGAAGAUACAGGUAUUUUUUUCAAGAAUAAGUUUUAUUUGUCCAUGUAUCAGUGGUUGAAGGAAUCAGUGUCCCCUCUGUGUAGUUGGGUGUCAUCCUAAUAUCACACAGCCUGUUGAUGUGUCUGUGUGUUGGACUAGGAGCUCACCAAACCAAAACCCUUUUCCUGCCCCCAACUUCUUUUUGUCUGCAACUCAGAUUUAUGGGAGACUUUUAGUGUCAUUUCACUAACAGAGGGCAGGGGGCUGUACAGCAUACAGAGGGGAAAUCAACAGAACUAGAGGUCUUCACAGGUCCACCAGGGUCCCCCAUCAGAAUUAUGUGUUACACCAAAGAGAGGAUCCAUGAUAAGUGCUGUCUGGACAUGGAUGAAAUCAGAAGAACCUGACUGAUGUGUUUAUUGGACCAAUUUUAUUAGGAUUUUUUUGUUAUAUGGACAAUUCCUGAGGUGACUCCCAAACAGUGUUAUCCUGUCGUUUGUCUAAGAAUGCUCUGCAACUCUGGAGCACAUAUAGUGGAGCAUCAGCAGAGUAAACAGUGGUACACACAAGGACUUGUUUGUAAAUGUAAUGUUAGAUUUUAUUUUGGUACACAUGCAGCAACUUCUGACAUUUUAUAAAGCUCAGAUAUUUACCAUUAUGGGUAUAAUUUUCUGUCAUAGUUUAGUUUUCCAACCAAAAAUCUGUGUCAUGGGAAAGUAACUGUACCUCACAAAGAAGGGACCGUUCAAACUACUGAUAUGAAAAGUGGAUUGUGAUGUCUUUUUUCAAACAGAAGAGGGUGCUAUCUGCCUUUGGCUUACCUUGAUAAUCCCUUUUAGCUUUUUUUUAUUAUUAUACAGUAUAUCCCCACUUGCUGUUGAUUAAAGGAUGAUCUCUGUCUUUUCACCUGUCCUCAGUAAUGUCUUCACAACCUGUUAGAGAGAAAGGGACAUAAAAUAACAUAAGGAUAUAUGUCUCAUCAGGAAGGUUAAGACUAGAAAUGGGCAUUUUAAGAAAGUCUCUUGAUUGAUUAAUCAUAUAAAUGAUCAAUCAUCGAUUUGAUAGUUUUUUAUGUGAAUAGCAGAAAAUGUGCAAAAAACAUGUUUUUUUUUCUCAUUGACCCCCCCAUAACUGUUUGUUCAAGACUGCGCACUACCACAUCCAAAAUGGGUACUGUCCCCUGAAAUCGGGUACGUCUGGUCACCCUACAGAUCCUCCUUGCUAGGAAGGAGCUGAUGGUAGGUUGAGACUGAGAGCACUCGGAGGAUUCAUUAACCUCAGACAGACAGAUGUGGUUCAAGUGGUACAUCUUGGGGUCGUUGUUGUGUUUUACUUGUACACAGCAUCGCAGUGUUUCCAGCAAACCUCAUCAUUUUUGUGCUCGAAAUGAUCCCACACCACACUUCAUGUUGCUUUCUGUUUUUUUUUUCCGACUUCUAUGGAAGCCCGCUGACGCUGUAUCACCCCCCUUGUAAAAUGUCAAAAUCAUUUCUUGCAGUGAUAGUCGCUGCAUUGCUUCAACACACACACACCCUGACUGUACAGAGUGGGUGUCCCUCCCGAUCAGCAGAGGUUGAUCUUUGCUGGAAAGCAGCUGGAGGAUGGAUGCACGCUUUCAGCCUUUUUUGAUAACAUUAGAUCAAUCCAAAUUUUGCAUGAUUGACUUCAUUCCUAACGAUCAAUUACUCGACCAUUGAUAAAUCAUGCCCAUUCCUAGUUAAGACUCAAACAUUUUUUAAUGUUGAUCAUUCCUUUAGCUGAUUCCAUUUACUCCAGCACUUCUAACAAACGUACCUACUAGAUUCUUUGAAAACAAAAUUACAUUUGUUAUCAAAACAGGAAAUAAUAAUGCAGCAAAAAGGUUUAUAAAAGUAUCAAAUGGAGAGCUAUCUGAGGCCAUCUCUUCCCUAAAGCUGGAACAUAAACUGGAUCACCCACACACCUUUAAAAAGUCUCUUUGUUGAUUCAAUAUCAUGUAGUAUUGCUCUAUAUUGUAUCAAAUGGAAUCAAUUUGUGUUUUGUCCUAUAAUGCCGAACUGUAUCAUGUUGUAUUGCAGUGUAUUGUAUUGUAUUGUAACUUAACGUAUGGUUACUUAAAUGCACUGUAAAUACACUUGCUGACUAUAGUAGUAUUAGGGAUUUAACAUUGCCAGAAUAAAACAGCACUGUUAGAUGAGCAUUUGAAAAGCUGUUUGAAAUUCUGUCUGUUGUCAUGGACGGUAUCGUCAGGAGGGCUUUUGUUUGUAAAGACCCUUGCUGAAUUAUCCCCUCCUGACCCCAGGGGUGAACCAAUAAAUAUCUGUGAUGAGCUCUGCAGAGAUUUUGCUCUGCUCUUUCAUAUUAUUUUGAUGAAACAUGAACAAAAUCAUUUUUAACUGCAGUUCUAACCUCACAAGGACACAUUUAACAAAAGUCCACAAAAGUUGUUGCAUCUGUACACAAAAUGAAAGAGGAUUCAUGGGUUCGAAAUUUCCCAGCAUGGCUUUGUAAAUAAAGAGACCGAGAGGGUUCAGGCCCCUCAUUUUUGACCUGUGAAGACCUCAGAACAGGACCUCUACCAGGCCUCUAGGUUUUUGAGUCAGUCAGACUGCUUGAAAUAAAAAAGGGGUUAUACAUAUAUCUGUUUUUAUUUGAAAUAAUUUGGUGGGCUCGGUAAAUCAGUAUUUGUGAUCACUGACUGGUUGACAAAAGCCCACCAACUGAAGUGUGGUUGUCUCUCGUUUUCAGGGCAUAGAGCAGUUGAAAAAGGAAGAGAGAAGAUGGGCUAAAAAAACUAAAUGGAUGAACAUGAGGGCGGUAUUUGGACACCCUUUCUCCUUAUUGUGGUUUAGUCCCUUCUCCACCCCUGACCACGGGAAGGCUGAGACCUACCAGUAUGUGGUGUGAGAGCGGGCCGGGUCAGAACCAAAGUGGGAAGCCCUGCUCAGCCCCACAGAGCUCAGUUAUGGCAGACUGUUGCUCCAAAUGCUGAACUUGAUUUAUUUCCCACACUAGCCAUGGACUGCCUUCCAUCUGCUUUUUGUGUUGCCAACUAAGUGCGCUAUACAUUUCUAUUUGUGUUGCCUUGGGUGAGUUGAGUUGCAGAGAAAAAGAAAACACUUUUUAGUUUGUGAAUCAUGUUUGCAAACACUGUGAUGAAUCUGUUCUUUUCCUGAUUUCUGUUGUAACAAAGGCCUUCUCCUUCCUCACUAUGUUUACUCUUUUAUCUGUCAAACCUUCAACUUCUGCUCAGUUCUCCUGAACCCUGUUUUCUCACUUUUUUCUUGUGGUGUCAGGCCAUGAUGAUUGCUUUUGUUUGGGUUUAUGCUGAAGUAUCCACACAUGAAAAGAACUGGUCCACGAAAUGAUUCACUUAUUUGCGCAUCAAAUUUGACCUAAAAAGGUCUCCGUCACAUAGACUUAAUGAUGUGUCUGCCUUGCUUGUUCAUUUCAAGCAGCAGUCAAAAACCAAACGGUAUUCGCUCAACUAUCAUAGAGUGGUGAGAAAACUGAGAGAUAUUCAGAUUUGAAGGGCGACAAAUAAGGAUUUUACAUGAACUUGGUGACAUCCACUUCACAUUGUAAAACUCUUCAUUCAUAGUCAACCACAUGCAGAGGACAAGAGUUGUCUGCUAUAAGUCCAAACUAAGAAAAUUUCUGUCCAGUGAGUAGUGAAAACUGUCUGAUUGGGUGUAAUGUACCAGUUGGACUGAGAAUCUAGUUUGAAUACCCCACAUGGAGUUACACCUCCCUGAAACUGUAAAAGUUUCAAUUAAAAUCAGAGGCACUGUCGGCAACCAAGUGACUCUGCUGGUUUUUUAGGUAUUCUAACGUGUACAUUUCAUUUCAAAAUAAUUCAAUUAAAUAUGUGUUAGCGAUCCUGUAGUGAAGACAGUUUAAGCUUAUUAAACCACUAGUGAAAUUAUCAUGAUGAAUAGUUAUUAAAAGCCUUCCAGAUCUCCUUGUCACUGGGUCAACUUAAUGAUUUACACAUUCAUUCAUUUUUUUACACACACAUAGUGCUGAUCAGCCCACCACACUCACAUGGUAACCCAGUCUGCAGGAUGAAAAAUGCACUGCAAAAACUCAAAUCUUUGUGAGCCAUUGUAUCUGUCUGCAUUAGGGUCAGAAAUAUCACACAACUUGUCAUGUAAGUCACCUUUACCUGACGACUUGUCCAGGAAUAAGUCUUGAUGUUAUGAUCGAAAAUGAGGCCUGAACUGCAUGUAAUGAGGAAAAUCUGCCAAUGGACCAAGAAGAACUUUGUGGCUGAGUUUCCUGAAACAAGAUGUUCGACUUGUUUCAGUAAACUUGUGAAGUGAAUGUGACUUGAAACAGAUUGAGGGAGGUUUUUUCACUACAAGUUUGACAAAUUCACUCACUAGGAGCCACACUAAUGUGGGGCUGACUUACUGCCAUUAAGACACCCUAAACACAUACUUAAAUGAAACACUAACAUUAAGCUGACAACAGACAGCCCGUGCCCCUAAAGUAUCAUACUUUGAGAUUCCCUCUAAAACGCCAAAAGCCACCACAUGCUUCACACUGUCUGUGGGCUAGUGGACUGAUUCAAACCUCCCCAGAUCUGCAGGUUUUUCAUGUGUUGUUACUCCUAUUCUCCUCUGUACUGGUAACUCUUACCAAAUCAGUCAGCAUGGCUACAUGGUACGAAGGUGUGAGUGACAAAAUGUUCCUUUAUUAUUUGGAUGGAUUGACCCUCUAAACCUCCUUCAUGUCAGACUCAUAGGCUGAAAAAGUGGACAUAGCCCCAGGUCUUAAAAGUGAAGCCAGUGUGGAAGGGCUGUUGGCCUGCAUUCUUUCUAAUGGCCAGCAGAGGGCGACUCAAAGAUGUAUAAAGAAAGAAAUACUGAUGAGAUAAAAAACUGAGAUCUUGACAUCCAAAUGGCCAAACUGAUUGUUGAUGUUGUGGUGCUAGGUCCAUUUUUUUCACUCUAUGGUCACACGGUUCUUUGUGAUGUUAUCUUGGUGGAUUAUGAAAAACUUCAAAUAAGCUUCCUGUUGGAGACAUUUCAGGAUACUGCAGGUUCAGGGUUAAAGCUCGUAUAACUGGAUCUCUUGUGAGCAGUGUUGUAGUUGUAGUUGAGUCCUCAGAAUAUUACUCACCAAAGACGAAUCCACAUAUCAUCCUCUGAUCCUAUGUAUUAUAAAGAGGACCCUCUAAACUGUAUGAGUCUGGACUGACUGUGUGGGACCUUUUGGAUGUAUGACACUCCACUUAACCACAGGAAACAUUUAAAUUUAUCACAUCAGAUUCAUGUGAAUCUCCUCAGCAUGUCUGCAGGUUUAAAUUAUCAGUGAAGUUACAGCACUGUGUUGUUUAUAAAUGGGUUUCACUUAUGUGGAGAUGCACUCAUUGAUUCUACUGUGCAGGUGUCAGAGUAACACAAAGGUACCUUCAGCCCACCUGCUAUUUAUCAGAAUUUACAAAGCAAACCCUUUAAUGAACCCAGUGCCAAGAGCACCUGUCGGGGACUUUCAGUUUGUGUCAACUUUGGCGCCCCCCUGUGGACAAAUAAGUAUUGAUGAACAAGAGAGUCCCUGUCUCUGUUCUCUGGGUCCUAAUGCAGUCAACGCCCGGGUUCAGGUCAUGAGUCCUCGAGUUCAGGUAGAGUCAGUCGUCUUAAAAACUAGGAUUUUAGUUGGACUCAAGUCCUGCAACACUGCUCAUAAGAGAAUUUUGCUAAUGGAACCAUUCUCAGUGUAAUUAUUGGAAAGAGUGGCAAAUACAGCACAUAAAGGAACAGUUUUCUGAAAAACACUGGAACCCGGUCAGGAUUUCCUUUGGGUCAAGAGUUGUUUAUUUUUUUCUAACAUGUUUUUGUACAUAGGAUUAUUUUGAUCAAAUUCUUUCUCCUGAUACAAACCUAUAAUACUGGCUGGCUAUUGUACCAGUCCCAUGCUCUUCCAUUACGGCAAAUUUGUGCAACGUUUUAAAUGCCUCCAGACUCACUAUUAUAAUGUGAUACCAGUGGAAAAGUGGUCCUUUGAUAAGUGUUGUAUUUGAGCAUCACAUGACUGAAGGUGAUGGCAAACAUGUUUGAAAAGAGUUUAAUAAGGAGUUUAUAAUGACUCAAAUGGCUGUAGCACACAUUGUCAAAGUGUGGAGCAUCUUUCCUGAUUCCUCUCUGAUACAUGCUUGACAUACACACAGCUUUUACUUAAAAAUUGGUUCAAGUAUUUUUUCCUGAAACAAAGGUAGGGUGUUUUCUGUUUCCUUCACCAAACUGAAGUUUAGUUGCACUUUUCUUAAGUCAUUUGGUUUUUUAAAAUGAUUAUUUCAGAACUCAGUAAAAAGACUGAAAUGUCAGUCUUAGCUUGUCUUUCAGCAGUAAAACAUGGUGAUCAGAGUAUCUUCUGAUGAGUUAUUAGGCUGUAAACCCCAAGCUCAGGCUCUCUGUUCUGAAGAGACGUCCAGCCACCCACACUGUUUAAGCACCAGGUUGUGCUUCGAUAUUAGAAAGUGAAUCUGCCCCUGUGCUUUCAGCUCAUCUCCUAUAUUUUGGGAGUCUGUAGUUGGACUUAAAAAAAUCUUUGUUUAUGAAAAUAUACAGAUACAGGGAUUUACCUUUAGAAACAUUCAUUUCAGGGCAAGAAAGAAGCUGGAUUUGUGGGCAAUUGUGGCAGAUUGUGUCAAAGCAUUUCAAAGAGUAUUGACUUUUAUCAUUCAUAUCUACAGAAUAAAUAAAAAGUUUAAUUUGCACUUUGUAUUUCCUUUUAAGAUUUUCUGCUCUAAUCUUAAUUGUGCAUUUUGUUCUUCCUUUCUUUGUUUACAUGAUAUUGUAUGGAUCCUAUGUUAUGUGAAUGCAUGGUACAGAUGAAGGCUAGUCUAGCAAUGUGUGUGGUAUGUUGGUGCCAAGUCCUGCGGGUGAGAGUGAUGAUUGAGAAGAUGAUUUGUUUUUUACUGAAGUUUUAAUUCUUUCUAAAUAUUCUGAAGAUAUUUCAGCACAUGCGCAGAGAAUAAAUACUUCUCAGUUGCAAUUCAGAAACUGUGUUUGCUUUUUUUCCUUUGAAUGUAUUGAUUCCCCAUAAUGGAAAAGGAUAUUUUUUACCCAAAUGUGUUUUUAUUCACUUGGUUUUAUGCUCAAAUCGUAUUAAACCAAUUGUCUCUACUCUCCCUGCGUUCAGUCCUCUCCCCCCUCACUCUGUCCUUGUCUUUCAUUCUUUUUCCACUUUACUGUCAGUAACCUGCCUUUCUCAUGAGCUGUCCUCUCCACACUCAUGCAUUUUGCUUUGGUUGAUAACUCACUCUGCCAAAAGCUUUCUGCAGCAGACAACUCUUAAUAAACUUUAGGAGAGGUAAGCUGCAACAAAGAUCACAUUGGAUGUCCCAUGAAGCUUAACACAUCACAAGCAUGCAGAUUUCAACCUGAAGCUCAGAGUGUGCUCUGUCUUUUUUUUUUUUUUUUUUGGCUGUUUCAGAUCAACCAAAGAUAGUGAAUGAAUGAGUUCUAUGUAGGACAGGAUGCAUGUCCUGUUUGAACCAUCUGACAUUGUGGUUUCUUUCACAGGGAGUGAUUCUUUAUUUUUAGAGUGCAUGUAAAUCAUUUUGUGCAUUGUCUUCACACAUUUUGGGCAUGUUUCUCAGGACAAACUGAAGAAAAUUAUUUCAAGGACAGUACAAAACUGUUUUGGUACAACACUCAUAUGAUUCAAUAAGUGCACUGAGGUGGAAAGAUAUUGGUAGCAGGAACUAUAGGUUCACUUCCAAAAAUGUGUAUGUCCUGAAAAAGUUCAUUUUUUCCUAUAAUUUAGUUCAAAAAGUGAAACUUCAUCACACAAAGUGAAAUAUUUACAGCCUCUUUUUGUUUGAAUCUUGAUGAGUACGACUCACAGCUCAUGAAAAUCAACAAUCCCCUCUCUGAAAACAUCAGAAUAUUGUGUAAAAGUCCAGUUUGUUGUUCAUUCUUUCUGUCCUGAAAAGAUCUCUAAUCAGCUCAUGCACUCUGAACACCUGCGAAAGGUUUACUGGACCUUUAUUCUCUCACUCUGGUUCAAUACACACAACCACAACUAUGGUUCAGACUGCUGACUGACAGUCAUCCAGAAGACCAUCACUGACCCCCUCCAGGAGGGUCAGCCCCAGAAGGUCCCUGCUGUAAAGCCUGGAUGAUCCAUAGAGAGCUGACUAAAGAGAAAAGUGAACGAGGAACAGGGAUGAGAGCAGCCUGAAUAGGACUGUUGUUUUAAUUCACUUGGAGAUACUAUACUAAUUUCGAGUUAUUGCCCCCUCUUCAAAAAAACAAAAAAAAAACCUUACACCUGCUGAGUCAUUUGUGUCUGAGAAACUGGUCCAGAGACCGAACUCAUGGUGUGUCACUGCAGUUUUAGUCAUCAGCUGUUUGUCAUGUGGCGUGCAUGUAGAAAAGGACACACCCAGCCCUGUAAUGCUCAGCCUCUUUCACUUCAGACGUUUCCACUGUCUUCCUCAGGGAAUCGAGCGUCUGAAAGGAGAGACGGGGAAGUGGGGGAAGGUGCCAUGUCGGGAGGCCAUGCAGGUGGCAUUUGGAGGCCCUUUUUCCCUGUCCUGGUGCAGCCCCUUCUCAGGGCUGAGCUGCAAGAGAGGCCCCGUGGAGCACAUCACCGUCCCUCAGGGGGAGAUCAUCGAGGAGGACGUCAUAGAGAUACCACUCGACUAGCCUUGAGUUACUGACAUGAUAUCUUCUGGUCUCUGUCCAAACAGUGAGGCACCUCCUGGAAUUAAACCUUUAUGUAUUUUUGAACUUGGAAGGCUGAUGCAGGUGAAAGUGUCACCUCUUCUUUCCCUCCCAGUCAAAGUGCUGCCUUUUGCAGAGCAUGGUGCAAAGCCAGUCUGAUAUGAAAUUUUGAGACCAAUAAGGAUUUUAGAUUGAAGAACAUGUAGACUAUAGUUGUGGCAGCUAUAUAUAGAAAUUUUAGCUGGAACAGAGGUGGGCCUUUUCCGUCGGGAUUGUGCACAGAUAUGACUAUGCAAAGAUACUCAGAGGGCUGCUUUCUUAUAGAUAUAACUUCAAGAAAACAACUUUAUUAUGGAUCAGUUCUAUGAGAAAGGGCAACUACCUGCUGCUGCAGACAGAGCUGAAAGUUUUAGAAACAGUAAUGAACUGAUCCUACACACAAUGAUAUACUGUUUGCCCCAGGAGUCAGUCUUGACUUAAUACUGAUCUGAUACCAGUGCUCAAACCCUAAACUGUAUGAUAACGUGACAUGGCUCUGAAUCUGUGAGAAGACAUUCACUUUGAGGGUUCAUUCAGGUUUGUUGAAGGGGUACCUGUUGAUGGUAAGAGUUUUGGACACAGGGGUCAGCUCUCAGAGUCUUGUGACAGAAAUGAGAAAACCUAAGGGUUAAGUGAACUUGCUGCUUUGAAUAUUUUUUGCUCUGCACUUUGCUGUUUACUCUCGGGUGUGGCACAUACAUGUUCUUCAGGGCGCUGAGGUAGACUCUAGUGCCCUGGUGCAACAGGUGUGUAAACUGCUAGUCCAGUCCCAUGAAAUACAUGACUUGCUUUCAAUAGUGGGACUUGGUAACAACAACAUUUCUGGACUUUCCUGAAUCAAAGGAGACCAGUGGCUCACAUAGGGCUGCAGUCUGCAUAGCUGUUGCCACUAUUUUACCCAUUUUCUCCAAUUUUCAAGCUGCACCAUCUUGUUUUCAAGGUCGUCCCAGAAAACAUAAACAGAGUACAUAAACACAUACUGCAUAGAUAUAUAGAUACUUAUAUGUAUACAUACAUACAUAUAUACAUAGAUACGCACAUAGCUUGCUCACCCACUCCCACCCACCCUACAGACCACCACACCAUCAGCUGAUAAACAACAGAAAUAAACAAGUAAGUACAAUAUAUUAUCAAGACAGUUAUGUUUACACUCAUUCUGUUGGUUUGCAGGGAUGCACAACAUCUUGAAAUAUAUGCAGAUACACUAGUUAGAGACAAAGCUAUGAUUGCCUCGAUGUAGUGAUCAGAAACAUAAAAAAUGGCUCAUCUUACCCCACUCUCCCCUAUCUGACAUUACAGACUGGAUGAGCUGACCACUGGGGGCAGGCAGGAGAACUUAUGUGUAAGGUACUGAAAAGCGUGCCCCCUGUAACGUUUUGGCUGGAGUUUGUUCGAAUGAGUUAUAUUUUAUGGUCGAGCUGAACCCUUUUGGUUCUUUGGCUACUUCCUGCUGACAGGAACACAGCUGAUCAUCAACCCCUGUGGCUGAUACACUUACUUUAGAAAAUACCUCACACAACCUCCAAAAACCUGAACUUCUGUGUUCACACUUUUGCAGAUAAUUCAAGUAGCCAUGACUUUGGUGUAGCACAUGUAUAAUACCUCCUUACAGCAGACACUUGUGCUCCUGACUUAAGUGGGCAGUAAAACGACUGCUUACUGUGUUGCUAACUGUUGUUGACUUGGAUCAAAUAUUGUCAGAAUCUCAUCAAUCAGUAUGAAACCACUCUGAUUAAGUUUGUUAGUGGGUCGGUCACUGUAAAUAUUAGACUUAGACAAUUUCUGCAGGACAAACUGUGUGGCCACUAAGACAAAGGGUUUCUUAUGAGAAGUUCGAAUAUUGGCACAUAAAGAACAAACACACUGAUACUGUUGUGUGCGUGUGUGUGUGUGUGUGUGAGAGAGAGAGAGAGAGAGACCAUGGCCUCUGUGUAGUCACACAAAGGCUGUGGGUUUAUAUUUUGUAAAUCCUGUUUUUGGACCCUUUAAAUGUUGAGCUGUUGCACAGAAUCCAUGAAGGUCUAUAAAUGAUGUUCACUGUCUUUGCCUACUUUGCAUGUGUUUCCUAAAGAUGCAGUAUUUACUGAAGAAAUGGUUUUAAUACCAACAAGCUGAAGGAGCUGGGGAGACUGUAGGAAAAACCAAAGUGACUGGAGUUGAGGAGAUGAUGGAUUUUACAGUGUCUCAGAAAAACACCACUAACUGUAGCACAGGUGAGACACCUCAAGUAAGAGCAGUGUUUGUUGUUAACCACUUUUUGAUGGCUCUCUGAACAGAAGGAUUCCCACUGUGCCUUAUUUGUCCUGACAAGAAGACGUUUGAGUGUGGGGGAAACAAUUUGUAUGAUACCAUAUAUUUAACCACUCUUACAUCCUGUUUAUAAGUCUUAAUAUGAAGUUGCCAUUUUUACCUUUGUGGCUCUGACGAAUAUGAUGAAGUGACGGUUACUGACGUCAUGGGGAACUUUUCUCUAUAUGUUUCUGGAUAAGGGCUUUAAACUGAUGAACAGGUGCUGGUUUUCAUGUUAUUUUUUUAUUGUCAAUGUUAUCUUAAAAGUACUUUGUCAUUGUGUCAUUGUGUGGGUUUCAUUUUUACAUCUUAAAAUAAAUGCAUUCUUUCAUAACUGUACUUAACGACUCUAAAUGAUUAAAAGUGAGUUCUAUUUUUACAAAGACGUCUGUUAAAUGUUUUUCACAAAAGGUAUUUAUCAUUUAAAAUACACUUUUUUUUCUUCUAUUGCAGAAAGAUUGUAUCUGAUGUUCCCGGCUCAUAAGUCUCAUAAGUAUCAUGUUACUCUGUUUAUCUGUUAAAAGCUAAAUUUAGUGACUUUUUGUUUACAGUAUAUUAAAACACAAGGACCUGUAUACUUGAUCAAACAUUACACCAUGCAUUUCUUUUAAACAGUCACAUUAUGUUACUCUUACUUCCUUUUCCACCAAUCAUCCUAGAGGUUUGUAUUGACGCACCAGGAUGAAUGUGGACAGUUUGAAAUACAGUAAAUUUAAUCAAUAACCUAACUGCAGUCAAUCUGGUGUGUUCAGAGUAAACACAUCUUAAUCUAGUUCAAAGGUAGAAAACAAAACAUCAACUUUGGGUUUGCCAAACUGAACUCUGUGAGGAGGUUUUGAUGGUUAUGAAAAAAGACAAAUUAUUUGACUGUCAAAAGUCAGCAGGAUGAUUUCAUGCAUUUGAAUGACAAGAUAAGCAAAGACCACUUUGUCUACAAAUCUGAUAAAAAGCUAAAAGUUCCACACAGGAGCUUUGAGUUGUUAUUUUUAGUCUCAUCUCAUAAAACUGUCUCUGAUUCUGACUGGGAAAUAGUUUUUCUUUGGCCACAUCUCAUUUAGCUCUUCUCAUCCCCCUCGAUAUGAUGUGAGCAAGUUGUAUGUUGUGCACUUUAUCUUCACUAGUCCACUUCUAGCUCCACAAAACUUUACCACACAGUGCUUUCAGUUCCACAGAAUUCUUUUUUCAGGAAGUAAAUGGUUCCUGUGGCCAGUUGUUCUCACUCUACACAGCCUUUUAUUUGAGUUUCUGUUGAUUUUUUUUUUUUUUUAGCGAAAACCUGUCAUAGAUCAUUAUGGCAGCAGGUUAGCUGUAUUUGAUUUUUAAAUAUCAGGUUACUGGAAAUAUUUGCUCUUGUGCUGUUGCCCUUUGGUACCUCUUUAUUCUUCUCCCUGCUCAGCUGGUGUCUGUAUUUAAAUUGUGCACCUGUUUAUAAUGUGAACAAGACUGUCCCUGGUAAGACUAACCCCUAAAACUGGUAUAAUACCUAAAAGCAUCCCUGAGAGGGCAAAAUGCAAAAACUGUACAUAGUUUACUGUAAAAACACAGUGAAGAUUAUUGAGACAAUGUGUAACCCUCUGAGCAGCAUUUCCUUUUUAAAGUCCUGAGGAAUUAAUUCUCUGCCCAUAAGUCUGACCACAGCUUUGUGUGGCUGUGGCUCAAUAACAGCAGCUGUAUGCUCAGGUUGAGACUAACAUUCAUCAUGUGUCCUUCUUGCACUCUUCUUGUGGGAGGGACUGAGGUGAGGAUCCAUGAAGCACCAGAAGUCCACACAGAGUGAGAGAGAUGCCCACCCACCAUAGAGCUGCAUGGGUCUCUCCAAAAAUCAGCCUCCCCAGGAUGGCCUGGACACACAAACAGACUCUCAGCAACAAAUAAUAUGUCAUAGAUAAUAAAUAAAUAAGUCUUCCACCUGAAUUUUUCCAAGUGCACUGCAAUUUAAAGUGAAAUGUCAGGUGAAUGUUUACGCCUCUCUGGGACACGAAGAGCUCUUACUGAGGAGAUGAAGUUGGAUGCUGUGGUCAUGACUGUGGCUCUGGCUGAAGAGGAGCAGUGCCGCAGAGCUUUAGAGAAGAAGGUCCACAUGAUGGCAUUACAGGUGAACAGUAGGCCAGCACACAGCAGCCGCAGAGGGAUGUGGAGCUGUAAACAUACACAGGGGACAUAAUGAGAAAGUGGUAAUUGAGUCUCCUCUCUCCAUCUCUCUCUUUCUUCAUCUCCCUCUAUCAGUCUCUUUCUUUCUCCAUCUCCCUCUAUCAGUCUCUCCUCUGUCCAGCUCUCUCUUUCUUCAUCUCUAUCGGUCUCUCCUCUGUCCAUCUCUCUAUUUCUCCAUCUUCCUCUCUAAACACAGUUCAGUCUCAGCUCUC